UGACGCACGUCAAUUCGCACUCGUGGGCACUUAAGACUUCGCUGAUCCCACCUUGGCUCCCGACAAACACGCUCCAUCUCCAGGCGGGAUCUUCUUGUCUCUGAUCUGUGUUACCGACUUGGCUUUUGUAGUCGGGAUCCCGCAUCUGAUCAACAGCCUUUUUUCAUCCCUCGCAGCCUUCUCCAGACCCCUCUGCAAAACAAACACCGCCGUCGCAGUGUACCUCGCACGCAUACAUGCUCACCACCCUUUCCACCACCCACGCACUCAUCUCACCCUUCACCCUGAGACGGAAAGAUAUCGUCCUCCCUUUCUCAGGACACAUAUUUCAGCGCACACAAAGUACCAUCUAGCGACGCCAACCUAGACGGACGUCCCGAGCGAACACGACGUGCUCCGACAACAUGACCAUGACGUUGGACACUUCCCAGCAGCAGCGGUUCGCUCCUCCGUUGAACUUCGACUACGGGGCGCACGCACAGCCUCCAGCGUUCUCAAACCCUUGGUCCUCCGCCUCCUCGCCUUCGCAGUCGUCCGCCACUUCUGGAAACCCUCUUUUCGUUCACGGCCAGCAGCCCCCUACCAUGAGCCACCAUAGUAUGAUGGCUACGAAGCCUCCGCCAGGCCGUGCGAGCACUAGUAGUGCCUCGUCAAUGGCAUCCUAUGGAUCGAUGCCAGUUCCCACCAGUUCCUCAGAUAUCAUGAGCCUGAGCAGGAUGCAGACCACUUCUGCAGCCUAUGGUGACCCUUCAUACACAACUUCAGCGUCGCCCGUCAGUGGUCACUUCGCACCCACGUCAGCUCCGCCAUACGAGGCCAUGGGUUACGCGCCAGCACCAUCUCGUCAACACUUCAGCCUGGGUCCCGAGGCUGAGACUGCCAGGCGAUACUCCCAUCAUCAGAGCAUACCUGCCCCAGAUGACCGCAGGAGCUUCGCGGAUGCCCUCGAUGCCAGCCACGGCAUGCUUGCCAUGAGCCAGGAAACCCCUCGAAACAUCUACGGCAGUCGCAAUGAUCGGUCGUCUGUUGACUCAUAUCCCUUCCCGUCUACGCACUCAACAAGCUCCUCGAUCUCGUCCAGCGGCAACUUUAGCUCCUACUACGGCGACUCGGUGUCGGAUUAUUCGACCGCCGGUUCGGACAUUGAGUCCGUUAACUCGCGGACCCUACCCAGACCCCAAGGACUGAUGGGAUCCCAAAUCCCACCUGCGCCCCAGUCCAUGAUGGGUCAGUUCAGCUCCAAGGUGUCGUCGAGCACGCAGAAGAAGCACAAGUGCAAGGUUUGCGACAAGCGCUUCACUCGCCCAAGUUCGCUUCAGACGCAUAUGUACAGUCACACAGGCGAGAAGCCGUUUGCGUGUGAAGUAGAGGGGUGCGGCCGUCAUUUCUCCGUCGUUUCCAACCUAAGACGCCAUCGCAAGGUGCACCGCGGCGACGCCCGAUCGGAAGCAGGCUCCGAGGACCAUCAGUCGGACUAAGUGAGAGAUGGACAUCAUUGACGCGCAGUCUGCUUUCAAUUUUCCAGCUCGUAUAGCAGACAAUGACCCCUCUCGGUGCGGAAUGAGCAGCACGGAGGACGAAGGCCUUACGAAACCGGCCGUCGUCUUAUCGCAUGAUCUCACGGUACAUUUUAAUCGAACGCUUCUCUCCGGAAAGUUUCAACAUUUGCGAUGAAGGGGCAUAGAGAUUGUGGUCAAAAGGGAAGGUAGGAAAGACAGACGACGACAAAUACUGCAACUGCGACGAUUUUUCAAGGGAGGACUUUUGCAUUGGCGUGGGCAAGCCGUGGUGGACAGGGCCCUACGCUGUACAUUUACCUGUUGGGGUUUCGUUUUCCCUCGGGAUGGCCACAACUGGUUCCGGGCUUCGCCUGCGGGCUUACUCGGCUAUACCCAUUUGGGGGCGUUGAUGGUUGCUACUGGACUGCGCUGUUUUGCGCGUCUCUGUUGUUUAUUAGGGGAGCAUUUUACGGUUCGAAGCGUUCGCUUUCUCGUCGACGUUUUUACGACCCUGGGGGUGGGGUCAGGGUUUGAGGCUAUACCAUCUUUCAAGAUGACGGAAGAGAGGGGCCAAUGGCUAGAGUGCCUCCAGACCCAGGCGGGGAAGAUUAUGUACGAUUACUCUUUCACGGUGAUGAUAUACCCGAUCGAUAAUGGAGCCGAACAGCCACAUGCUGGACUGAAAUUAUAACCGUGUGGGUACGUCUCUCAUU